GGGGCGGGAGAGGAGAGUCACUGCUCAGCCAGGGCCGCCAUCUUGGCUGCGUCCGGACUCGCUCCCGCUCCCGGGGCCUGUUCCUUUUCCUCGCAGCGCAAAGCGGUGGAAAGGGAGAAGACGAAGGGCCCGCCAGGGCGGUGCUGAUGCGCGCAGAGCCUCCUCGCACCUCUCCCAGGCGCCGCUAGGAAAGGGGGCGGGGGUGGUCGAGCGGUGACCGGCGCGGCCUCUUCUCUCCUCUGCCGGGAUGGGUCGGUCCCGCAGCCGGAGCUCGUCCCGCUCCAAGCACACCAAGAGCUCCAAGCACAACAAGAAGAACCGGAGCCGAUCGCGGUCCCGAUCCCGAGAAAAGGAGCGGGCAAGGAAGCGCUCCAAGUCCCGGGAGAGCAAGCGGAACCGGCGCCGGGAGUCCCGCUCCCGCUCGCGCUCCAAUACGGCCCCUUCCUCCCGGCGCGACCGGGACCGGGACCGCGACCGCGCCUCCUCCCCCCCCGACCGUAUCGACAUCUUCGGGCGCACGGUGAGCAAGCGCAGCAGCCUGGAUGAGAAACAGAAGCGGGAGGAGGAGGAGAAAAAAGCAGAGUUCGAGCGGCAGCGGAAAAUUCGUCAACAAGAAAUUGAAGAGAAACUCAUAGAGGAAGAAACUGCUCGAAGGGUGGAAGAACUUGUAGCUAAACGCGUGGAAGAAGAGUUGGAGAAAAGGAAGGAUGAGAUUGAGCGAGAGGUGCUGCGCAGGGUGGAGGAGGCUAAGCGCAUCAUGGAAAAGCAGUUGCUCGAAGAACUCGAGCGACAGCGACAAGCUGAACUUGCAGCACAAAAAGCCAGAGAGGAAGAAGAGCGUGCAAAGCGUGAGGAACUAGAGCGAAUACUAGAAGAGAAUAAUCGAAAAAUUGCAGAAGCACAAGCUAAACUGGCUGAAGAACAAUUGAAAAUUGUUGAAGAACAAAGAAAGAUUCAUGAGGAGAGGAUGAAACUAGAACAAGAGAGACAGCGUCAGCAAAAGGAAGAGCAAAAAAUUAUCCUGGGCAAAGGAAAGUCUAGGCCAAAACUGUCCUUCUCCCUAAAAAGCCAGGAUUAAAUUUCAACUCUGAACUCUUGAAAGAAACAAACAAAAAACAACAAAAAAAGGAAACAAAAACUUUGUAUGGUAGCUUCAUGUUGAAGUGUUUUUUGUUUUUUUUUUUUCUUUCUCUCAAAUUUUUUUUUUGUCUUUUUUGAAAGUUGGAAAGUUAGCUUGUUCUAAUAGGGGCUGUGCUCUGCAAUUCUUAUUUUUUUUAACUUCCAUUAAGUUAAACCCUUAUCAGAUCAUCGUUGCCUUUUAGAGGAUAAUCUGUUUUCAUCAAUUUUGUUUCUGUAUUGGUGGUCUGAAGCAACUCAUGUCACUUUAUGAACUGUGGAUGAUCUGAUAAGGUUUUACUGACCUACUCAUCAGAGUUUGACUCUGAUAAUUGACAGAACUUUUUACUGCGUAUUGCUGACUUUUAAUGUUUUUAUUUUAAAGUCAGUAAAUACAUGAGUAAAUUGCCAUAGUAUUACUGGACCUCUGUGGUUUAUUGUUAAAUCAGUGUCCUAUGAUACUGUCCCAUUGUUGCGCUUGAUGUUCCUGAUACAGGUAAGGAAAUAGUUUGUCAUUUCUGCUAUGAAUACAUAGAGAGAGUUCAGUAUUGUCUCUGUUAGAUUUGUUUUUAUUACAUUGACAGCAUUCAACCAGCGUUCCCCAUUGUGUAAAUAAACCAAUUUGCUGAAUAAAGUGAAAGUCUUAAAUUCA